AUGGCACCCAAAUUUUCAGAAGACGAAAUCGAUGAUUUGAUUUAUUUUGCUCGGGUCGGGGAGAAAGACGAGUUCGAGACUUUGAGAGAGGAAUUAUGUAAAAGGGAGGGAUGUUCAGUAACUGAGUUGUUGGAGAGUGCAACAGAUAGUGAGAGUGGAAAUGGCGUGUUACAUAUGUCUGCCGCCAAUGGUCACCACGAACUUCUCACCCUCCUCGCAAAAUACCUCUCUAAUCCCUCUCCUCAAAACCCCCAAAUGCUCAAAAUACUCAACACCCAAAACGCCUCUGGAAACACACCUUUACACUGGGCAGCCCUGAAUGGACAUUUAGAAGCAGUCAAAGUUUUAAUAGAAAAUGGAGCAGAUCCAACAAUACAGAAUCAGAAGGGGCAUGAUGCAGUCUACGAAGCAGAAUUGGCGGAUAAGACUGAAGUCGUGGAAUGGGUUUUGAAAGAGGGAGGUGAAGGAUUGGAGGAGGGAAUUGCGGGGGAUGAGGGCGAGAGCGGAGAGGGCGAAGAGGGAGUGGAAGUUGUAGAAGUUGCGGAGGGAGAAGGACUAGUCGAUAAGGUCAAGGAAUUGGGUAUUGGUGGGAGCGGAGCUGGAGAAAAAUGA